UCUCUCUCUCUGUUUUUCUCAUGGUUUAAUCCUGACUGUCCCCCUCCUCUUUCUCCUCUCUCUCUAUCCUGGACUGACUCCUCCCUCGUUUUCUCUUCUGCACGCCCUCUGCUUCUCUCUCUCCCUUUCUCUCUCUUUUUUCUCUCUCUCUCCCUUGCUGACAGUCUCAAGCAUACACACACACAUUCGCAACACCACGCACGCGCACACGCUCUCUCUCUCUCACUCUCUCCCUCCCUCUCUCUCUCUCUCUCUCGCUCUCUCUCUCUCUUCUCCUCCUCCCCCCGCCGCUGCAGUGUCUCUGAGCUGCCUCGGAGCUGAGCGGAGAGGAAAUAGAGCAGCCACAGAAACAGGAGGCGCUGAGAAACACUCGCGCAGUGAGAGCGCUUUGUGAAUGAGUGUGUUGGUGUGUGUGCGAGUGUGUGUGAGUGUGUGUGAGGGAGAGAGAGAGGCAGAUAUGAGGAUGUUGGUGAUUCGAGGCUCGCUCAGUCCUCCCCUCUGGCUGAAGGCUGAGUUGCGGUGCUGCCGCUGAAUGGACAGAACGCUGAACGCUGAAACGUGUUCAGCUCCAGACGCCGAAGGUGUGGUUAUGUGGACGGGCCGGCGGCGCCGGAGAGAUCAGACUGUCGCGGCUUUUAAAUGGACGCUAAAUGAAAUCAGAGGAACCCAUGCCUUUGGCUGUCUGAGAAGCACUGGCUUGUACGACGAAGCAGCAGCGAGACAAUCUGGUGCCCAGAAGUCUGAAGCAGAGAAGCCACCUGGAGAGCAUGAGGUCUGAGCGUCUGUAGGAAUAGGCAGAGAAGGAGGAAGGACUAUAGAAAACCGAGGAUUGUAGAGUUGGAGUUGGAACUUGUUUGAUUGUCCCCUACUUCUUUUGUCGGAUGCAACGAAGCAGUCACUCUAUAACAUGAGCGAGGACGUAGAGGAGAUUUGGCCUUAUCUGCACUUGCUCUCUCGAUGCUGACCGGCUCUUUUUGGCCUUCACUUUUUUGGGGGGGUGUCCCCUACUAUGACCCCCCCAGCGAUUGGGAUCUUAGAAGGAUCUAGAAAGAAUCUAGGAAGGUUCUAGGAAGGAGGCCAGGCUGCCAAACCAGGACUGAAGUGGACAUCUUCGAUAUGUUCCAGUAUGUUCCAUCGAAAAGAAGCACCGAUUGCCAAAUUCUUGAUUAUCUUUGAUGAUCUGUAAGGAAAUAUUCAAGGAUUGCAGAAUUUAGGCAAUGCCCAUAAUCUAAACCCCUCAGCCUCUUCUCCAUUCUUCUGUGGACUAGGGAGUGGCCAUAUUUGUUAUUCGUGACAUUCUGUUCUAUUGUUCUCUGUACUGAUGCUCUUCCUAUUUGCACUUCCCUUUUCGCACUGUUGACCUAGAACUAGACCUUACUUUGGCAUCGAUUCACUGUUCCUCUUUUCAUUAUUUGUGGUUUGACUCUCUACCUUCCCAGAGCUGUUUUGGAGUACCUCUGUCUCCAAAAUCUGUUUUCCUUGACCAUGGGUUGCCGGCAGAGUUCGGAGGAGAAGGAAGCCGCCAGGCGCUCAAGGCGUAUCGACCGGCACCUUCGGUCGGAGAGCCAACGCCAACGGCGCGAGAUCAAGCUCCUUCUCUUGGGCACCAGCAACUCUGGAAAGAGCACCAUCGUCAAGCAGAUGAAGAUCAUUCAUAGUGGCGGCUUCAAUUUGGAAGCUUGCAAGGAGUACAAGCCGCUGAUCCUCUACAAUGCAAUCGACUCGCUCACCCGCAUCAUCCGGGCCUUGGCAACCCUCAAGAUCGACUUCCACAAUCCGGACCGUGCCUACGACGCCGUUCAGCUCUUCGCCCUCACCGGUCCGGCCGAGAGCAAAGGCGAGAUCACGCCCGAGCUUCUCGGGGUGAUGAAGCGCCUCUGGGCCGACUCCGGGGUGCAGGAGUGUUUCCAACGCUCCAACGAGUACCACCUGGAGGACAACACGGCCUACUACCUGAACGACCUGGACCGGAUCUCUGCGCCUGAAUACAUCCCUACCGUGGAGGACAUCCUACGCUCCCGAGACAUGACCACCGGCAUCGUGGAGAACAAGUUCACCUUCAAGGAGCUUACAUUUAAGAUGGUGGACGUGGGGGGGCAGCGCUCUGAGAGGAAGAAGUGGAUCCACUGUUUCGAGGGCGUGACCGCUAUCAUCUUCUGCGUGGAGCUGAGUGGCUACGACCUCAAGCUUUACGAAGACAACCAGACGAGUCGUAUGGCAGAGAGCUUGCGUCUGUUCGACUCCAUCUGCAACAACAACUGGUUCACCAACACCUCGCUCAUCCUCUUCCUCAACAAGAAGGACCUGCUGGCCGAGAAGAUCAAGCGCAUCCCGCUGACCGUCUGCUUCGCCGACUACAAGGGUCAGAACACCUACGAGGAGGCGGCGGUUUACGUCCAGCGGCAGUUCGAGGACCUGAACCGCAACAAGGAGACCAAGGAGAUCUACUCGCACUUCACCUGCGCCACCGACACCAGCAACAUCCAGUUUGUGUUCGACGCCGUGACGGACGUGAUUAUCCAGAAUAACCUCAAGUACAUUGGGCUGUGCUAGGACCGGCGGGCGGGGGGCGGGACGAGGGCGUGGCUUUUGGAGAGAAGUGGAAACGGAGGCGGGGGGGCGGACAGCGAGACGAGACACGCCGGAUGCCUGAGGAUACGCCUGUCCGUGCUGUAUAUGGAGCCUCCGUUGCUUGCCGGUUGCAGCAGGAACCAGAGCGAGACGAUGGCCAAUGGCAGCAGGGCGGAUGCUGCCACCCACCUGCUGCUGCCACCCACCUGCUGCCACCCACCUUGCUGAAGUUACAGUUACAGUAACGAACAAUGUCUGAACGUCAGUUUAAAUGUGUUUGCACUGAAUUCAUGAGUAUGUAGACGAACUCAAACUCACAUAACACACACACACACACACACACACCUUUAUUUGUUUUUGUCACUCACAAACGACUCAGUUGUGACUCCGUUGACCAAUGGAAUUGAUUGUCCGGCACAUGUUUGACGUGGACACACUGGUAGCUUCUGGCAGAUGUUCACACCAUUCACUUCCAGCUCCAGAACCAGGCACAUUCUGUAGAGGUGUCCCAUCAAUUUUGCCCAAUUUGAAUAAUGCUGCUUUGGGAGAAGAUUAAAAAAAAAAAGAAUAAAAGGUUGGGACACUUUUAGAAUGUGACAUCAAACCCCAGGAGCCAAUCAGACGACAGACGACAGCCGUGACUGACGAUGAUAGCACUUUGGCUCCCUAUCCAAAGGUGAAAACUGCCACCAUGCAACGCUGAGAUAAAGCGGCUUUUCUUUUUACACUCGUUCACACUGUAUUUUAUUUAUCGCUGUCCGACCCUUAGAAAGAAAAAUGCUCUAUUUUCUCUUUUUUUUGCUCUUUUUUUGUCUUUUUUGUUAGUUUUUUGUCUAAAACAGGAUGUACGGAUGUUCCGGAUCUACCUUAGGUCCAGAGUUUUAGAGCAAAAACGCCUGAUUUUCCAACCGAGAGUGUUACACUGAAUUGAGCAUUAAAUGUUUCGUAAAAAUAAACACAUUCAUUCCACUUUCCAAAAACAGAAGCGUAAAUAGUGCCAAUUUAAAAAAAAAAAAUGUAAAUAAAGAACAGACCCGUCCACCAAACCUUUUUGGUUUUUACUGAAAAGCAAACAAAACAAACAAAAAAAAACAACCACAAGAAAAUGCUGAAAAACUGAAAUUCAAAUAUGCAUGAUUUUGUUACUUUGGAAUUUUUGAUAAAUUAUAGUUUGAUUUGUUUUCUUAUAUUUUUUUUAUUUUACUAAUAUACUCCCAAAUACCUAUAUAUAAAUAUAUAUAUAAAUAAAUUCAUACGAAAAUAUAUAUAUAUAAAUAUAAAUCUAUAUAUAUCUAUCUAUCUAUCUAUAUAUAUAUAUAUAUAUAUAUAUAUAUAUAUAUAUAUAUAUAUAUAUAUAUAUAUAUAAAACAAAGUCGAACACUGUGUACACUUGUACAGCUGUUUUCUGAGAGGUAUUUAUUAUUGAAGAGGAGACAGAGGUGUAAAGCAGAGAGUCAGUAACUCAUAUCCAGCUCAAACCCCAAACCCAGCAUGAGAAUAUUAGCCAAGAAUAUGCUGGCGUUUUGCAUCAACGACAAAAAAAGAGGAAAAAAAAAACAAAACAAACAAAAACGUAUAUGAGCAAAAAAAAAAAAAGAAAAAAAAAAGAAAUAAAUUCUCGAAGAAGAAAAACGAGAAACGUUUCCUUUUUUAAUCUGCCGUCAUUUUGAGUGGACUUUGUUCUCGGUAUGAUGUGUAAAUAGUAUGUGAGGUGCAUUCUUUGUGAGAAAAGAUUAAUAAUAAAAAAAUUAAAAUUCACGUUCUCAAACGUAGGGGUGAUUGGCAGAGAGAAAAGGCCCCGCCCCCUUUUCUUUAUCUCCUCCUCCUUCUCCUCCUCCUCCUCAGCUACGAUGAUGAUGAUGACGAUAACGAUGAUGAUGGUGGCGAUAAUGAUGAUGAUAAUGUUAAUGAUGAUGAUUAUAAUGAUGUGCGACCAUCCCGAGCUAAGGGCUUCAGGCUUGACUUUACAUGAUGUCCACUGAAAACAAACAGAGAAAAAUAUUUAAAAAGACGUAUAAAAGAACAAUAAUAGUGAAUAAAAAGGAUUAUGCAAAUGUU